GCCUCUGAUUGACUGAUUGGUUUAGCUGUCAUGUCGUCGCCCCGGCACUCUCCCACUGGCCAAUGCGUACAAAGCCCUUUCUGUACCCUCUCCCUACUGUUUUCAGAUAGAUGCCUUUGUGCACCAUUGCGACGCGAAGCUAAUGGCCUCGUAGCAACCUUCUAUUUUAGUGCUUGUACGGGAACAGGACAGCCCUGUUCACACACACAGCUCGUCUCCAAAUGCGUCCUGGACUGGCGGGUAGAGCGGUGGAGAUGCUGAGCGGCGCUACGUGCAGGGCCAGGCCGAGGAUCGGCAGCCUCUUGCUGGCCCCCCUUAUCAAAACAGUACCGCCGAUGUCAAGCACGGGAAGCCACAGAUUUCGAUCCACGUCCUCGAUGCAGGGGUUUUCAGAGAUGGCAAGAGAGCGGUCGAAGACUGUCACGUCAUUUUACAACCAGUCCGCAAUUGACGUUUCCGCAGAAAAGGCCUCAGUGAGACUGACCUUAGCUACCCUGCUGUAUUCUGGGAAGUCUCCCGAUGGACACCACAUCUUGAGUAGUGCCAAUUACCUACACAAGGAGCUGCCUGUACGAAUCGCCCAUCGCAUCAAGGGCUUCCGUAGUUUGCCCUUCAUCAUUGGUUGCAACCCCACCAUUCUGCAAGUGCAUGAACUGUAUAUCAGAGCCUACCACAUGCUCAGUGACUUUCCCCUGAUCAAGGAUCAGGAAAUGGAGGCUAAUUUCUGUAAGCUGGUGCAGCAGCUGCUGGAUGACCACAAAGAUGUGGUCACCAUGCUGGCGCAGGGCUUCAGGGAGUGUCGCAGACACAUCCAGGAUGAGACAAUCCUCCGCAGCUUCCUGGAUACAACGCUGUGCUCUCGUCUGGGAAUCCGAAUGUUGGCCACGCACCAUCUCGCCCUCCACGAAGACAAUCCUGAUUUUGUUGGGAUGAUAUGCAGACGUCUCUCCCCCAAAAAAAUCAUAGAGAAGUGGGUGGACUUUGCCAGGCGUCUGUGUGAGCACCAGUACGGUAACUCGCCCAGAGUGAGGAUCAACGGACACGUAGCAGCUCGCUUCCCCUUCAUCCCUCUGCCUCUGGAUUACAUCCUGCCCGAGCUCCUCAAGAAUGCCAUGAGGGCCACCAUGGAAAGCCAUCUGGACACCCCAUACAAUGUGCCCGAUGUGGUUGUCACCAUUGCCAAUAACGACAUUGAUUUUGUCAUCAGGAUUUCAGACCGUGGUGGUGGCAUCCCUCACAAUAUUAUAGACAAGGUGAUGGACUACCACUUCAGCACGGCUGAGGAGAGCGCACAGGACCCCCGCAUGAGCAACCUCUUUAACAAUAUUACCAACAGUGGAAACCAGUCGAGCCCUAUGCAUGGGUUUGGCUUCGGCUUGCCCACUUCCAGGGCCUACGCUGAGUACCUGGGCGGCUCUCUGUCCAUACAGUCUAUGCAGGGCAUCGGCACUGACGUCUACCUGCGUCUGCGCCACAUUGACGGCAAAGGAGAGAGUUUCCGAGUGUAAAGCUCCCCAUUGGUCAUCUUUGUAGAUCCCAUCCUAGGAGUCAGGCCAUGCAGGAGUACAGAGGGGUUCCCACCAGAAAGGAUGGUAUGGACUACAGGACUUUGGUCCACAAAGUAAUAGCCUACACAGUAUGUUGUCAGAAAGCUCCUAAAUUCACCAACCCACUACUUGUACUUUUUUUUUUUUGUCUUAGACUGAUUAUAAGCUAUGUUAGCUCUCGAGUUGAUGAUUUCAGUUGUUUUCCUUUGUGUUUUGUACACUGUGGCAUGUCGUCUUGAAGUUUUAAGGUGUGUAUGAACUUUUGAAUGUGUUUAGGUUAUCGGGACAAACUGUGCAUGAUAGUGGACGUGGAUGUUUAAUGUGGAAGGAAGGAAAGGAAAAAGAGCUUCAGUUUUAAAGAAGUUCACUUUGAAGUUUUUGCAUAGCCUCAAAACAGGAACAGACGUUUUUGAUGAUAAAAGUUUUGAAAAUGAAACUUCUGAGACACUCCAGCAACCCUGUCAAAAUCUCCUCAAAGUGCCCAAAGCUGCUCACAUGUUCCAUGAUGAUCAAUUCAGCUAUAGUUUGAAUAACCAGAUCCUUGCAGUGCUUUAUCAGCUAUUGUAUCAAAAUUUAAGGUCUACAAUGGAAAACGGCUUGUGUUGGUCGGAAAACUACACAAGGAAUAACUUCAGUAUCCUCAUAUUAAAGCUGAUACGCUUUCCAGCAUGUGCUGUAAACCUCAAUCCUUAGCGAUAUUCUACUAAGCCUUCUCUGAGUUCAGCUCUGGCUGAUAAAUGCAGAAGAAACUGCCAAAACACCAAAAGCUCAUUAACAGAUUUCUGUCUUGUUCUGUUUUGAGAACACACGCCAUGAUGAACUUCUCUGUUCAGCAGUAUUUUUGUGGAGCUUUCAGGCAGGGAAGCCAACCGAGAUGUUCAGUUGCCUUACUGCGUGACGCUAGUCCUUCAACUGCAUGCUGACUUUUACUUGUCUUGUUUUCUUUUUUGUUGCCUUUAUCAGUUCGCACACAUGCACACCAUGUCAGUUUCAUUAGUUUGAUGUCAGAUGUUUUUGCACAAUGAAUAGAUCUCUCAUUGUAACGCUCAGCAUUUGCACCAAUCAUAGCAGUUUUUGACUUUAUUAUAACUUUCAGAGUAACAAUAUACCAGAGAAGUAUUGUCUAAUAUUGUCUUCUUUUUCAGUUUUAUCUGAUUUAAGAUACUUUUUUAGAAAGUGUGUCAGUUGCAUAUUAGGUUUUCUGUCUUUUAUGAAAUAAAUAUCUUACCCUGGGUACGACAGGGUUUCUGCACUGUUAACUAUGGAGGUUGCUAGUCAUUCUUUUCUCCAGAUCUCAACUUGAUUAUGUCAUUACCAUGAGGCAACAAAUGGCCGUAUUAUCUAUCUUUUUGUUUUUAGUUUUAUUAAUUUUGCGAUUUUGACCCUUUUUUUCCCCCUACAAAUUUAGAAAUGUUCAGUUCCCUAACAACUUGUCAUUGGUAAAGGUCUCAGUAUACUUCAAACAAACAAGGUCGUACAACAUGUCGUCCGACCAAUCUGAAAGGCAAAAGUGUUGACACCUGUUCUGAAUGGCUCUAGAAAACCUCCCAUCAUCCCCUCCUCCUGGCUGCAUCCCACUGACUCCCUAAUCUCUCUUUCCAAUAAUUCUGUGUCUUUUGCGUGUCUUUGUAGUCUCAACGCAAUUCAUCGUACAAAUGGGGAUAACACUGCACUUGCAGACAGUCUCUCUUCGAAGGCAUUCAUGGUGUUACCCUCUUGUUGUUGAUUUAAAAAAAAAAAAAAAAAAAAAAAAAAGGGAUGGAAGUAGUUGUCUGAAGAAUUAAAAAGAGAGCUUGAGGGAGACGUUCAAACCCUGUGUACUUUCACUCCUUCAAACAUCUGGCCAAAGUGGGUGAGAUUGUCAGGUUGUCUGUUUCAGAAAGUUGCAAAAAUUGUUGGACACAGCCCCUAACAAAUCCAUCAAAAAGGGUGUUUCAGAUGCUGUUAAGACGAUCUGACAAGCACUUUGUUUUAAGCAUAUUGAGUCACUAGUGCAGCAACAAGGACACAAACACAGCCAUUUUGUUCAUGAAAUGCAAGACGAAGUAGGGGUUGGGCAAAAUUAGCCAUUUUGUUUUUUAAGGACAUGUUCUCUUGAUAUCAAACAUUUUUUCUUGUGAUGUCACCUGAAAUGUCUCCUCAUCUCGGGAUAACAGGCGUCGGUAAUUGAUCCAAGUCUGUUUCAGAAAGUCAUUCCUCUCUAUCUGAAGACAAACAGAUGAGUACCAUGAAAACAUCAUUUAUCUUGGAAAAUAAAUCAAGGAUAAAACUGUUGCUCUCAAACAAAAUGACAAAAUAAUCAAGUUAUGAUCUCAAAAUAACCUAUCAAAUUAUUAGCAAACCAUGGCCACACUGAGUAUCCAGUUCUAUGAAUCAAAUAAUACAGUACAGAAAAAAAACUGAAGCCAAGUCUUGAGGUUCAGAAAUUUGCCCCAAUCACCUCAAGCGCUCAUAUUUUGUUGAACAUUGAGCACCAGUUGUCACGCAAUAAAUCAUCCUGAAUGCUACAUUUACACUUUAGUUUUAUCUGUUGGGAGAAUUUGUUAUUAUAUUAGCCUAUAUCUUUUUAGCAGAGAGGGCAUUGGGAAUCUUGAGCUGUAAUUAACAAGAUGGGAAAUCUAUGAACUUUGUAAACCAUCAAAAGUUUGUAUCCAAAGCAGUUUGGCAUCUUCUCAUUUUUGUCUCUGAGAGACUCAACCUGUUAAUUAUCGGUUGUAUUAUUUGGCCAGGAGCUGUACAGCAUUUUAUUCUAAAGCUGUAUCUUAAAAGCUUUAGAAUCACAUACAUUGUAUAGUCUACCUAAUGGGGAAAUGGGACUGUCUUAGAAAACCUAGAAAUAAUAUAAGAUUCUGAAAUGUUUUAUAUUUUACAAAUUAAGUAACUGGUUCACAAAAUGUCUCCCAAGCUUUUUUGUUUGUUUGUUUUGUUUACAUACAAAUGUUCGUUGAGUAAAAAUUAGAUUUUAGCUUGUGAGACAUUGUGAAGUCAUAAGUGAGCCAGUUAUUUCAGUUGUAAGACAUUUAAACAUGAUCUGAUUUGAUUUGUGUAAGGCUCAUUUAUUUUGACAUUUAAUGAAACAAAACAACAAAUAACCCAGUAUAAUUCACAGCGCCAGAAUGACGGAGAAUGGCCUGCAUUAUCUGUACCUGUAUCCUUGCUGAGGCAGUGUAUAUGAAUGAAUGUGUUUAUUGUGGCUUUAAAGGUCUUGAAGAUGUAGUAUAUAUGUAGCUUAUGCAUGUAAAGCGGGGGGUUAACCCCACAUAGCUGCCAGAUGUUGGUAAACAAUGGUUUGAGGCUUGUGUCCCUUUUGAGACACAUUAGCAGGUAACCAGCAUCAUUCAGAGAUUUUCUUCUAUUCCAAAAUGUUGCUGGUAAAAUGUGGCUUAUAAUUUUUGGAUUUGGCAGCCAGGCUGUGGCUUUUAUGAAGCAUGUCUGCCCUCUGCUGGCCUAAAAAGAAAAGUGCAGGCAGAAAACAUUUAAGUGCAUCAUUUCAGUUUUUGGAGGGGAAGAGGAUGUACCACAAAUGAAUUUCUACUUACCAGGUUUCUGAUUUUGUAAUUUUUGCAGAUAGAAAUGAGGAUUUAAAAAAAAAAAAAAAAAAAAAAAUUCAACCUCCAGUACAAAGCCAAGUCAUGUUACUGACAAAAUGUGCUUAUGCCAUGGAGUGUUUUGUCUCGUAGACUGAAAUGAGUUUUUCCACGUUUUCUGUUGUGUUAAUGUAAACAUAAAAUGUUACUUGGUUGGAA